GGUUGAAAAGCCCUAUCUAUGCAUGCUGCGUUAAGAGAACCAGAGUUGGGAAGCUAGAGCGGUUCGAUACCGGAAGUGUGUGGAAGGAGUGUCUGCGGGAGGUUGUGCCUCUUUGCUCGCUCGCAGGAUGGUGGAGAAGAAAAUCUCAGGUACUUCGCAGUGGGAAUGGGAGGGCGGCGGGGCUGCUGGGCGCGAAGGGGGAUCGGUGUUCUCCGAUUUAAAUAGCAGUUGCCAAGAAAAUAAUGGGAAACAAGGAAUGCAUGUUUUGCAUUGUGCUGAGCUGUGAUCAGGAGCAGCCCUUUGCAAAACAAAGGAUAUUCUGGGAACCCCAAAGUAAUGUUAUAAUCCGGCUUCCCACCUGCCGAACUAUUAUCAGCACCGUCGUUGGUGGAGGUUUAUUCCGCAGGAACUCUGCACAUGUUCAGAAGAACGCUCUUGUUGAGGUUUCACUGUGUUCAUCAUAGCCCUAAACAUAUUUCUGCCCUUGGCUCGAAGGUCCCAGUGUGGGCUGCAGCCAUUAAAACACAAUACUGUAUUUGAAACAACUUGCAAUCGCAGAAGCAAGGUGGGUCCUAGAAGUUUUUGAUGUGGACCCGGGCUUAAUUUUCAACUAGCAUUUAAUGGGAAAACCUGCAACUUGUGUAGAUGUUAGUUUAGCACCUGGUAAUGAGAAAGGACCUUGGUGUGGAAUCUGUGGCCUUCCAGAUGUUGUAGGACUCCAGCUCCCACCAUGCUUGACCAUUGGUUAUGCUGGCUGGGGCUGAUGGGAGUUGGAGUCUUUGGGGGGGGGUUUCCCAAUUCCUGCUACAAACACAGUAUCCCUUUCAUGGGUAGCCAAUGGGGAUGCUCUUCAGAAGUAGCUGAACUCCAGCUCCCAUCAGCCACAGCCAGCAUGGUCAGGGGUCAGGCAUGAUGGAAGUACGUGAGCUUACCCCAUGGGAGGGUAUCUGAGCUUGAACAAAGUGCCUUUUGACUUGCCACUGAUGAAUGUCAGCCUCUCUCAACAAUCUGGAAAUGAAGGGACAGUGUUUCCUAUUCGGAAGAAGCUGGCACCAGGCUGCCUCUUAAAAACUGAAUCUGUAGGAGAGGAUUUAUUCUUUGUAAUAAUUUUUUAUACCGUUUUAUUUUUCUAAACAAAUAAACAAAUCUUAGCCAUCUUAAAAGAGCAGAACCUUUCAAAACACCUAAUUAAAACAUUACAGAUGAAAAUCCAACGCAAUAAUGAUUCACAUUUAGAGCAGCAUGCUUAAACAGAAAAACAAAAUAUUCUUGUAAACAACCAAAAAAUUGCAGAUAAAAAUCAAAUACAAAAAUGCAAUACAAAUUCCUCCUGUGCUCUGGCAUAGCAGCUACUUGUUCCUGCCACAGGAUGGUGCAUUAGUAGAACAUAUUCUUGAGCUAAAUGUAUGUGGUAGUGCGGUCACCGGGGGGGGGGGGGCGGAAUAAAGUAAUGUGUCUGUUAGACCUCAAGGGUGCUCUGUGAUGGUAGGGGGCAAUGAGGCAGUUCCUCCCCCACCCCAAAUGAAAGAUAAUCUCCAGAUUCCCAGCUUUCUUUUUCCAAAAAAGAGUAAAAAUUUUCAGCAUUUGUAGAACGUCAGAUACGAGGCCAGGUGCGCAGGCGCUAUUCUGCUCCUUUGUUUUGGGGAGAGACUAGUCUGCUCUCACCUUUCAGUGGUUUUAACCAAUGAAUGAAAGCACCAGGGCAUAGACAACAGUAGUUAGGCUAUCCCUGUCCAUUUAGGGGGCAUAGCUGGGCCACCAGCUGAAGCUGAUGGAAGGCAGUCCUUGCCACCAAGCUAUCCUGAGCACAAGGCCACCUGAGCUUCAGUGGAGGCAAUUCAAAUGUUCAGGGGCAUUGUGGAAGGCCCAAGGAGUGUCUCCCCUGGCAGACUGUGGGUUGCUUGGAUUGGAUGGAUUUGAUAUCCCACUUUAUCACUACCCGAAGGAGUCUCAAAGCGGCUAACAUUCUCCUUUCCCUUCCUCCCCCACAACAAACACUCUGUGAGGUGAGUGGGGCUGAGAGACUUCAAAGAAGUGUGACUGGCCCAAGGUCACCCAGCAGCUGCAUGUGGAGGAGCGGAGACGCGAACCCGGUUCCCCAGAUUACGAGACUACCGCUCUUAACCACUACUGGCAUCAGACACAGCCCUCUCUCUUUUUCUCUCUCAGCACGGUCUCAGGACCCCAGCCAGAGGCGCAUCUUAGACCGGGCCACCCGACAGCGGCGCCUGAACCGCCAGUUGGAGGCGCUUGAGAAUGACAACUUCCAGGAUGACCCUCACGCCAACAUGCCCCAGCUUGUGAAGCGCUUGCCCCAGUUUGAUGACGACGCUGAAACAGGUGAGGGUUCGUUCGUUGGGUUGCAUCUGUUGACUUCUGCCUUCUUCCUUUCCUCUUGGCGCUCAUUCUGUUAACUUGCACCCCUUUGCUGCUGGAGGUGGGUCACAAAUUCCUCUCUAUUUUUGUAAUAUAACUUUUUAUUGAAUUUCUGAAUUUUUACAUAUUAACUUCAAAUCUAAUAGUUACAUUGUUUCAUACAGUGGCUUCCCAUCCCUACCUCUACAGUGUUUUCAUUCAAACUCUUUUCUACUGCAUUAUAUAUCGGACUUUUAUCUGUUAUAUAAAUCCCUCUAAUACAAUUACUUUAUCAUUUUCUUUCCGCUGCUCCUAUCUCAAAUCCUGCCCGUGAUUUCAUUUCACUAUAGUACUUUUUCAAUUAGUAAAAAAGGCCUUCAUUCUUCUGUAAACAGUUCAUCAUUUCGAUCUUUUAAUCUUGCCGUCAGCUUUGCCUUUUCCACAUAGUCCAUUACUUUUAAAAGCCAUUCCUCCUUCUUGGGAAGGUCACAAAUUCACCUUUGAGGGUUGGCCAAGCUGGAUGGAGUUGAGCAGAUAUGAUGUCAAGAAAACGGGAAAUGGUGGGAGACAAAGGUGCAAUCCUGCACUCAAGAUCCACUAGCUGAGGGGCUUUAGGAUUUGGCAGAAGCCCCACUGAUAUGGUUCCACCAUGAUGGAUGUGUUAGCUCAGGGGCGGGAGGCCUGUAGCUCUUUAGAAAUUGCUGGACUCCAACUCCCAUCAUUCUUGACUGUUGGCCAUGCUGGUUGGGGCUGAUGGGAUUUGGAGUCCAACAGCACCUCAAAAAACCCCCACAGGUAUUCGUAUUACAGCACUAAUGGAACACCCCAGAUAUAGAUAUACCUAACACUGUUCCAUCACACUGUACAAAUAAUAAAUUUAUAUAUAUUUUUCCUCAGUAAAAUUUAUUAUAGACAGCAGCUAAAGCUUUUUUUAAAUUUCAGAAUGCUAAUGGGUCAUUUCGUUCACAGUCCCUGAAAAUAAUGGAUUGUUAUUGGCCCUGGGAGUGUAGAUAGUAACAUUUAUCCCCCUACGUUUUAAUUAUUUUAUUUUAUUGGAUAUAACAAUGCAAAUGUUUGAGAGAUGCAGAAACCAACAGGGGCUUGCCUGUUUGAUGUCAUAUGGCCCUCAAUUUGAAAAAGAAAGAAACGGAUGCAGAGCAGAGAAAUGAUUAUUGAAGAGAGAUCGUAACAAGAGCAUGAAUAAUAAGAACGUGGAAGCACGGCAGAGCGGUCAGCAACAAGGAAUACUGUCGAAUCCAGAUAAAAUCAUACUUUGCGUUCCCUGGGUUUUGUUUUUACAGGGAAGAAGAAGAAGAAAACGCGGGGGGACCAUUUCAAGCUGCGUUUCCGCAAGAACUUCCAAGCCUUGCUGGAAGAACAGGUGCCUCUACGCCCUCCCUCUCCCCUUUGUGGGACGUGGGUGAGGCAUAAAUAUUCUAUGAUUCUAUAUUCUUUAACAGUUGCUUCACUUAUGUACUCCUUCCUUAUGGUUUUAUUUCCCACCUCACCCUGGAUUUAAUAGCUCUGUUUAAAUAUAAAUGUUUGAACAAAGGCAGACAUUAUAGCCAAGCCAUUGCAAGCAUAAAAGUGCUUUGUUAGUUUUGCGUGAAAUAUAUACAUGUCGUUGGAUUUGCAGCCUGGAGGCUGUGCUGUGUGUGGAGACGAUUUAGUCAGAAAGCUCACUGGCCAUAACACCGCAAAUGAUCCUUACAAGAGCGAUAGGCUUGUAAUAAAUGUUGCGGAUUGAAUUGGGGGGGGGGUCAGGUUUAUUGCAGGGUUGAGAUUCGAAGUGGAGAUAUGCUCAAGGUUCCAGGCAAGCUCCAAACGUUCCUGUUCUUAGGCCGAGAGCAGGGGGCAAUGAAUGUGGGGCUCUCCAGAGUGUUUUGGACUACAACUCCUAUCAGCCCCAGAUGUUGUGAGCAGUGGUCAGGGAUGAUGGGAGUUGUAGUCCCAACAGAAUCUGGACAGGAACCAUUUUGGCUGCCACGGGCCUAGAGGGAUGUAGCGAGGAGGGGACCACUCCUCCCAGAGAUGGAAAGGAUAACUGUCUAUACAACUAAGCGGAGGAAUUAAGUUUUUGCCUUUAGCUUGGAUUGGGCACCUUUCCAUACACCCCAAAUAAAAACUGAAGAAGAAGAAGAAGAGUUUGGAUUUGAUAUCCCGCCUUUCACUCCCUUUAAGGAGUCUCAAAGCGGCUAACAUUCUCCUUUCCCUUCCUCCCCCACAACAAACACUCUGUGAGGUGAGUGGGGCUGAGAAACUUCAAAGAAGUGUGACUAGCCCAAGGUCACCCAGCAGCUGCAUGUGGAGGAGCGGAGACGCGAACCCGGUUCCCCAGAUUACGAGGCUACCGCUCUUAAUCACUACACCACACCCCAAUAUAUAUCAUAUAUACAAUAUAUCACCCCCCAAAAACCAGACGCAGGCCAGUGAGGACUGAGCCAGCUCCAUGGGCAUAGAGUGUUGACUGAGGGGGAAAGCGAUUGCACAGGCAGAACUUUGAACAGUAUCAUUCUAUACUUCAAGGAAGCAUUUCCUGGGACAGGUGUGUCCCUUAUUAUGCAGGCCAGAUCAAUAUCUGCCCUACCCUUCACAGGCCAAAUUGGACAGCGAGGCAGGGCUGCUCGCCUGUCAAUCACCUGGCACCUCAGUGUCGGUAGGUGAUGAGCCUCUUUUCUGUAAGCUGUUAGGGCAUUUGCUUUGCACUUCCUUCUCCAAGGCGUGUCACACACAGUUCCCCCCACCCUGUUUAAUCCCACGACAACCCUGUGAGGUAGGCUAAGCUGAGAGCGAGCGACUGGCCCAAGGUUGCCCAGUGAGCUCUAUGGCUGAGUGGAGGAUUUGAACCCAGGUCUUAGCCCAACCCUUACGCCACACUGGCCGCACUUUGAAGCCGCACUCCCAGCGCUCCUUCGGAGAGCCCUCUUCCAUGUGCAUCAGAUGGUUUGAUUCUUCCCUAUAUAAUGCAUGGCGUGAGGCUUGAGUUCAUAGGCGAGUUCAUAUCUUUUUCUCCCUUCUGGACUCCCCAACAGAACCUGAACGUGAGCGAAGGACCCAACUACCUGACAGCAUGUGCGCCCCCUUCCAACCUGCCCCAGCGCCACUUCUGCACCGUCUGCGGCUUCCCGUCGAACUACACGUGUGUAUCGUGCGGAACCCGGUACUGCUGCGUCAAGUGUCUGGGAACGCACCAGGAAACUCGGUGAGGCAGGCUUGCAAACAGCAGCUCGCCCUGGUCGCCACCAGCAUGGGCUGCUGUUCCGUUUCCUGACCCAAAACCGCAACUACCAAGGGGAUUUUGAAAGAAUUAUAACACAGAACUGUUAGGACAGCAAGUAGCUAAUGUAGUGCCCUGGGGUGCUGUUGGCCUCCAACUCACAUCAGCCCCUGGCCAGUGGCCAAGGAUGAUGGGAGUUGUAGUCCAGCAACAUCUGGUGUGCACCGGAUUGGUUGUUUAGCAGUAUUCGUAGCCUGCCAUUUUCUCGCUACAGUAUUUAGUAGAAACGUAGGAAUGUCAUUGUGUAGUACUCAGAGCCUGAAGCUUUCUCUCUUUACAAUGAAAAUGUAAGGAUGUUGUCACUCAUUCCCCAUUGGAGGAUUUGCAGUGCCUCCUCACAAUCCUGGUUUUGCAUAGUGGGGCAGGGGAGCGCAAGUAAAGGCAGGUUGCACAACUGCAGCGGCCAUGACAUGGGAGCAAGACAGGAGGAACAUGGAGAGGGGAAAGUGAUGGUUUAAACCAGGGGUCAGCAAACUUUCAGCAGGGGGCCGGUCCACUGUCCCUCAGACCUUGUGGGGGGCCGGACUAUAUUUUUUUUGGGGGGGGGGAGAACAAAUUCCUAUGCCCCACAAAUAACCCAGAGAUGCAUUUUCAAUAAAAGCACACAUUCUACUCAUGUAAAAACACACUGAUUCCCAGACCAACCGCAGGCUGGAUUAAGAAGGCGUUUGGGCUGGAUCCGGCCCCCGGGCCUUAGUUUGCCUACCCAUGGUUUAAACAGUGCCAGAAGUUAAUGGGGGCAGGAUGCAAAGUAGGUGAGCAGGUGCAGAGCCCCUACUUCAGGCAUUGGCAAACCCCUAGCUAACAGGACUAGUGGUCAGGGAUGAUGGGAGUUGUAGUCCCAAAACAUCUGGAGAGCCAAGUUUGCCUAUGUCUGUAGUUGUUGUGGUUUUUUUAAAAAGAAUUAAGUGGGUUUUAUACAGCUUUUCAGGUGACUCUCACAAAGAGAUUCAUAAAAGACCAUUACAGCAAUAAACAGCCGUUAAAGAGAGCUGAAAAUGCCUUGUUAAGCUUUCUUCUGAAACUCUCGCUCUCUCUCUCUCUCUCUCACCUGAAGGUGUCUGAAGUGGACCGUCUGAGAUGUGUUCUGAGGAACUGCCGUGUGCUGCCUGUGGAAGGAGCAUUUGUGUGGCGUACCUGUUUCCUUCGGAUGGGUUGGGCCUGGAGCUGUUCCUCGCUUUGAGGCUGAAGGACAGGAAACCAGGUUUCUCAGAGACGGAGAGGAAGGCCGCUUUGCCUUGCGCCAUCAUCUGUCGCUAGCGUUUUGAGUAAUUAAAAAGUAUCUGUGCUGUAGCCUUG